ACUCGGCGUCGCAAGAACCGCUAAGCUCGUUCUAUAUAGCUUCCAGCCCGAUAUGGCUGGUAUCAAUUCGUUAAGUUGUGGUUUCUCCCUAGUCUUUUUGCUUGUUCUAAUAUUUACAUCCCAAUCCAAUGGCGGUCGUAUACUCGGCCUCUUCACGGCUCCGUCGAAGAGCCAUAUGAUCAUACAUACCGCCAUAGCUGAUGCUAUAGUCGAAAGGGGUCACGAUGUCACUGUCGUCACCAGUGGACCCAUUCCAAAGACCAAAAUCGACUAUCGACACAUAAAUCUCAACAUUGAUGGCAUCUCACCUGCCCAAAUGGCCAGGUCCCUGAACAAUGGCAAACCAUCGUAUUCGGAUUUUAUGACUUUUGUCGCAACCAUCACUGGAAUUGCCAAUUCCAGUAUUCAUCAUCCGACCAUGAAAAAGCUGAUGGCGGAGGAAUCUUUUGAUUUGGUGAUUCUGGGAUAUUUUUUCAAUGAAUUUCAACUUGGAGUAGCGGCACAUUUUAAAUGCCCUGUGGUCAUAUCGUUUAUGACACAACCCAUAACUCCAUUGAAUGGAUAUGUUGGCAACCCUAAGGAAAUGGCUUAUGUUCCGAAUUUGUUCUUUGGGGGCGUAAAGUUGUCGGGAUUCUUCUCGAGAGUGCAAAAUUUUGUGUCGACCUUGGUAUUUGAUGAAAUUGCGUAUCCAUUGAUAUCGGAACGUACACAAGCUGCUUUAUAUGAUGCCAAUUUCCCAGCGGGAAAAUAUCCCUCUUUCGAUGAGAUGAAGAGGAAUAUAUCGUUGGUGUUUACUAAUCAUCAUUUCAGUCAGGGACCCAUUCGACCAAAUGUCCCGGCUAUGGUCGAAAUUGGAGGUAUUCAAAUUAAGGAUAAACCAGAUCCACUUCCUGAGGAUUUAAAGAGCAUCUUAGAUAAUGCUAAAAAUGGAGUAGUUUACUUUAGUUUUGGUUCAAACGUCCAAGGCAAAUACCUAGACAAGCAAAAGGCCAAACUAAUUUUCGACGUUCUCUCGAAACUCAAACAAACCGUUCUCUUCAAAUGGGACGAUUCCCCACCACCAGGCAAAUCAGCCAACAUCUUCUACAAAACCUGGUUACCCCAAGAUGACAUCCUAGCCCAUCCCAAUGUCCAGCUCUUCAUUACUCACGGUGGUGCUGGAAGUGUUGUCGAGUCCCAAUAUCAUGGAGUUCCAAUGGUUGGAAUACCUCUCUUUGCCGAACAACACACCAAUGUGGCAACAAUGGAAAAAGCUGGUUUCGGUCUAGCUGUCGAUUUUCCCACCAUCAGUGUUGAGAGUCUUGGCAAAGCUGUCCAUGAAGUCCUUACGAACAAAAUCUAUCGCAAUAAGGUUCAACGAUUUUCUCAAUUGUACAAGGAUCGUCCAAUGACAGCCAAACAAACUGUUGUCUUCUGGACGGAAUAUGUCCUGAGACAUCAUGGAGCACCACACAUGCAGAGUCCAGCUGUUCACAUGAAUAAUUGGCAAUUGGCAUCGUUGGAUGUUAUUGGAUUUUUAAUUGCUGUGCUGUAUGUAGUUUUUAAGGUAUCGAAGACGGUAAUAUUGUUUGUGUGUUCGAAAUGUUGUUCGAAGAAGGACAAGAAAAAUAAGAAGGAGUAGAGUUAAGUUUUGUUAGGUUAUUGAUUUGUUUAAAAUAAGUAUCGAACCAAAUUGUAAGCUUUAUUUUUGUAUAAAUAAAUGGAUGAAUGAA